CUGCUUGAUAGAUGGUGUAUGUUACAGUACAUGUCAAGUGAACCCAGGGGACAAUACAACAGUCUGUUAUUCCAAUACCACAGCAUACAACUGGACUUCAGCAGAAGCAUGUAACAAAAUGGUUGAUACUGGUAGUACAGUUAAGGCAGUGUCAGAUGCCAACAUGGCAGUUAUCUUAGGAGGUGUGCUGGGGAGCAUAUCGUUUAUUGCUGUGACUCUAAUAGUGGUUGCAGCAAUUAUACAUGUCCUACAUUGGAAAUCUAAGCAAAAGAAAAGGAAAAACCAAUAUUUGGAAUCCAAUUUGGCACCCAGACUGAGUAAAACAUCCCAUUUAGGCUAUGUCUGUGCCCAGAACACAGAUGUGCUGAGAGGAGACAGAUACAUUGGUAAUCCAACUGCUAUUGGCAGAGACAACCAGGGAUACCAGAGCUCUACAGAAAGAUAUGACAGAGGCUCCAAAUACCAACAGAACAACAGACAUCAACCAGCCUAUAAGAUAGGACGACAGAUAUAUAUACCUCCACCAGAUUAUUGAACAACAUCAUCCCAGACUUAUAUGAGGUUUUAAAAAUGAUUUUGCAUUUUUUGAUAACAGACUUAAACAAAAUUUAUUUAAAACAUCAUAAUAGGAGUGCAACACACCUUAAACUUUCCAGUAAUAUCUCAAACAGAGAAUUACUGUAGCUGACUGGUAAUGGACACUUUCUAGGAUACAAUGCAUGUAAAAUCUUAUUGAAACGCACAAUGAAUACAAUAAG